GCCAAACCUACAAGAUGGCUCCCAUGAAUACUUCCCACAGGCAGACUCAUAACCUGCUCUUGAUCUCGAAACUGCUUAGUCUUAGAGAUACAGCGUCGCCGCUCGCCCUGGUAUUGGAUUCACUAGAGCAGCCCGCGAACCCACUAAUCAAGGAAUACAUUCGACGCGCAAAGUUGUCCAAAGUUCAUAUCACAUUUGUCGCAUUCGAGACCUUGAAACCGCCGGAGGGCGUCGAUGCCUUUGUCGCAGGCCGGAGGAAGACUCCCUUGGAGAUAAUCAAGGCUGUCAAUGCAACCUACACAAAUGUUCCGGCCAGCAGUCCCUCCCGCAGGCGACUGAUCCUCAUCGAUGCCAUCAACCCACUCCUGCAUGCGAAACGAAACGAUGCGCAAUUCAACGUAUCGUCAUUCCUAAGCUUGUUCCUCAUGCCUCAAAGCCCCACAGCAUCGAAAGCUGAAGUUUCGCUCGUGGUUACCUUCCACCAGGAUGUUCCCAGCCCACCUCCUCUGUCGCAUUAUAUCCCGACGCCUCUUUCCAUGUUGACCUACCUCGCAACCACCAUCAUCAGACUCCACUCGUUCUCGCACAUCCUGGCUCAGAAGGCUGCUCGUGACCGGAGCUUGGUCGCGCCUGUUUUUGGUCUGGAAGAGGAGCAAGACGGUGUGCUUCUGGGCAGACUGGAUAGACCGGUUGGCAAUGAAUCUGCACAAGGGGUGGUAUUGGAAUUGGAGCACCGAAGAAAGAGCGGUCGGGGCGUUUUGGAAUGGUACGUCCUCCCACCAGCUUCGCGCUACCCUCCGCAGUAUGCAAAGGAGAUUGUGACGCUGCUGGACGACCACCCGUUGUAUCGCCCGCCGCAGGAGCCGGAUUACGGCGCGGGAGAAGAAGAACCCGAAUCAACCUUCGAGCUACGUCUUACUGAAAGACAAAGAAAGGAUCGUGAGGGUGUGGUGUUGCCAUACUUUGAUGCGCAGCAGGGCGACGGUCCGGGCGAAGGAGGCCGGAUUUUGUACGAUAUGGGAGAAGAAGACGACUUUGACGAGGAAGAGGAUGAGAUUUAA